CGUCCAUCCCCGUUCCCCGUCGCGCAUUUCUAAUCCCUCCCCCUCGCAUUCCCGAAUUAACAGCCCCCCUACGCGCCUCCCUCCUAAAAAUAGGCAGAUCUCGCCUCCCGUCGCGCCGGCUCCGCUCCUCCUCCUCGCCGCCGCCGCCGCCGCCGCCGCCUGCGAUCCUCUUCCGACGACGAGGCCGCCGAUCCGACCGGCAUUCGUUCGUCCAUCCUCCGCGGCUAAUUCGAUCCGCGCGCGGGUCUUCGCUCCGCUUUUGUCUGAUUGCGAUCUCUCCCCGCCGCGUCGUUUUCGUCUUACCCCACCCCGCCUCCACCCGCGCGGUUGAUUCCUUUGUUGUUGCUUGCCUGCCUGCCUCGUUUGUUCCCAUCUGCGACCGGGCGAGCUUGCGUCCGUCGGCGGGAGGUGGGUGGAGUGGAUAGAUAGGUCCGGAGCCAGCCGAGGAUCGCCAUUACGGUCCAAGCCGAUCGGGCGUCACGCACGCGCCCGGCUUUAAAUCCUUUCCUCCCCAUCCAUCCCAUGGGCGGACACAGGAUCGAUCCGGGCCACCUCCUCUCCGCGGUCCGGGCGUAGGCGCCGCAUUAGCUGCGAUCUAGCUAGCUAGCCGGCACGGAAAGGGGGGAGAUCGGUUUACCGAUCGAUCCGUCGGCCGGGCGAUCUGAUGAACUCCCUCACGGCCACCGGCAGCAGCAGCGGCGCCGGCGCCAGCGGCAGCCGCAGCUUCGGCAGCAGCGGCGGCGUCGAGAUGAGGGCGGCCGACGGCGAGGGUUACCUGCGGGCCGACGGCUUCGACCUCGUCAACCUCGACAUGCAGCUCGAGAAGACGCGCUCCAAGGUCUGGCUGGAUCAGCAGCGGGGCGCCUCCCCCGCGCAGCCGGGGGAGCUCCUCGAGUGGGAGAUCGACCUCGCCAAGCUCGACAUCCAGAACCAGGUCGCCAGCGGCACCUUCGGCGUCGUCUACCGCGGCACCUACGACGGCAACGACGUCGCAGUGAAGGUGCUGGACUGGGGGCAGGAAGGUCAGGAGAGCUCAUCGAAGCACCGGGAGGCCUUUGAGAAGGAGGUGGCCGUGUGGCAGAAGCUUGAUCACCCCAAUGUUACAAAGUUCGUGGGGGCGUCAAUGGGGACGUCCCAGCUGAAGAUACCAGCGGCGAAGAAGGGCGGCAGUAGCCACGGGCCAGGCCAGCGCUGCGUGGUGGUGGUGGAGUACCAGCACGGCGGCACCCUGAAGACUCUGCUGUUCCAGCACCGGGACAAGAAGCUGCCAUACAAGAAGGUGGUCCAGCUGGCGCUGGACAUGGCGAGAGGGCUGAACUACCUGCACUCGCAGAAGAUCGUGCACCGGGACGUGAAGGCGGAGAACAUGCUGCUGGACAGGAAGAAGUCGGUGAAGAUUGCUGAUUUCGGGGUGGCGCGGGUGGAGGCGCAGGACGACGACAACAUGACGGGGCAGACGGGCACGCUGGGGUAUAUGGCCCCCGAGGUGCUGGAGGGGCGGCCGUACGACCACAAGUGUGACGUGUACAGCUUCGGCGUCCUGCUGUGGGAGACGUACUGCUGCGCCUUGGCAUACCCGAACUACAGCAUCGCCGACAUCUCGUACCACGUGGUGAAGCUGGGCAUCCGGCCCGACAUCCCGCGGUGCUGCCCCAAGCCGCUGUCGGAGAUCAUGACGCGGUGCUGGGACGGCAACCCGGACCACCGGCCGGAGAUGGCGGAGGUGGUGGCGAUGCUGGAGAGGAUCGACACCACCAAGGGCAAGAGCAUGACCCCCGCCGUCCCCGAGCACAGCUCGCAGGGCUGCAGCUGCUUCGGCUUUGCCAAGUAGUAGUCGUAAUCAUCAUGAUGGUGGUGGGCGGUCGUGGUCGUCGUGUGAUGCUGGUCGGUCUGGUGCUGUUUUUUUUUUUUUUUUUUUGGUUUCCGUUUUGGUGGUGCGGAUCGGUGAACGCUUUGGUUGGUCGUCGCGGCGUCCCUCGUGGAAGAAGAAUUGUGUAGGUUGCCUACUGCCGCUACUCGCUUGUGGUCGUGGGUGAGAUGAUGGUUAUUUUGCUUUGCAUAAACACUGGUCGUCUUGUCUACACCGGUUUAAUGUUUUUUGGUUCAAAAA